AUGGAGGGUUUAGAUGAAUAUGAAGAUGAUGAAGCAGGGCAAAAAGAAAGGAAGCGAGAAGAUGCAAUUACACAACAGAAUACGAUGCAGAAUGAAGCUGUAAACUUAUUGGAUCAAAGCACUUCUUACCUGCUACAAGAGCCAUCUAGAACAGUUUCAGGCAGAUAUAAAAGCACAACCACCGAAGAAGAUGCCUCAAGUAGAUAUUCCAGACCAGAUAGAAGUGGGUUCAAUAGAUACAACAGGGAUGCAAAUGCUUCUGGUAAUUUAGUCUCAAGUAGCACAUUGGAAAAGAAAAUUGAAGAUCUUGAAAAGGAAAUAGUAAGAGAAAGGCAAGAAAACUUACGACUUGUGAAACUGAUGCAAGAUAAAGAAGAAAUGAUUGGAAAACUCAAAGAAGAAAUUAAUUUGUUAAACAGAGACCUAGAUGACAUAGAAGAUGAAAAUGAACAACUAAAACAAGAAAAUAAAACUCUCUUGAAGGUUGUUGGGCAGCUGACAAGGUAGAAGAUUCAAGACAGUGUGGAAAGUACUUUAAAACUACUGAUUGAAUGUUAUGGUCAAAGCUAGGACAAUAUUCCUAUGAUAGAAUGCAUUCAAAAAACAAAGUAUGUAUAUUUAUUUCUAGAAAAGUGAUGUUUAUUUUCAGAAUAAUUCUUUCUCAUGAUUAGCUUCAAACAAAGUAUUCAUGUUUUAUUCCACAAAUAAGUGACAGUUACUAAAAGUUUAUGACUUCUGUGGUUCUGUGUGGUAUUCAAAUAAUAUAUGAUUUAAAGUCAUAACCGUUUAAAUACAUUUUAUCUUUGGUAGUGCAUUUUCUCCCUAAAGCAAUAUACAUAGUCUCUGUUUACAUGAAUCCAUAUGUUUGGGCGGGAGUUACUUGCAAAUACCUUAUCACUGAUGUGUACAACUUUUUAUCUGUUUAUGUCUUACUCGAAGUCUGUCUGCUGUCAUUUAUUCUUUCAACUUACUUUAAGUGAUUUAGAGUCAUAGAUUCAUGCUGUGAUGUUACAGUUAUCUUUUUAAAGGAAAGCUACUAGAAAAAGUCACUUAAUAUGUAUUUGUUGGCUAAGUAUACUUUUUUUUAAUACUUGAAUUGUGCUAUAGUAAAUGAAAAUUUACUGUUUUGAAUUUGAAUAUCAAAAUCACUUCAGCUUUUGAAAAACAAUUGUAAUUUUACUGUAAAAUUUCUACUGUAGGUACUGUUUAUUAAUGAACAUAAAAUAUUUUAAAAGUUGGUUAUUCUUCAGGCCUGGAAAGUCUUACAAUUUCUGUGUAUAAGGAAAAAUUCAUGUUGCUGAUGAUAUUAUGUAUGUUAUAUGCAUUAAAAAAUCAAAACCAACAUAUUUACACACAUUUAAAGCAUUUAUUGAUUACAUGAGUGAAACAAUACAUAAGUAGAACUAGUCCUAAAAUAGGUUGCCAGUUUCUAACUCUGAGAAUAGCAUUGACAGUUAUUUUCACUCAUUUAAGAGAUUAUUUUUCUAGCCCAGAUUUAGGGAUUUUUCUGCCCCCAGCAUUGGAGCUUUUAAAAGUUAUUUUUGAGGAAUCAUAAAAAAAUUUAAUCUUCUAUUAAAUAUCAUUAGUAUUCUUGGUUGUUUUCUGUUACAAUUUGUAUGUUGCGUCUGAUCCCACCUUUUAAAAAACCCUAGCAUUAAAAAAAUUUCUGCUGAUGGUUGGAUAUUAAAUCGUGUACUGAUAAUAUCCAAUUUAUGUGCAGAGUGACUUGGACAUAUUAAAAUCCAUUUUGGGUACCUUACUGACACUGCUUUUCAAACCCCUUAAUUGUUCACUGUUAGAACAUAGGCAAGACACUAAGGAAAAAUGUGUAGUAAAUUGUGUCAGAUGAUGAAUUCUAAAACUCUUUGAAUUACCUAGGGCUACCUACCAUGCCUCCCUUCCAUUUCCCACUCAGAAAUUUCGAGCAUGGCUGAACAUCAGAAUCCAUGGGGUCCUUAAAAAGAAUUCUCCGACUGUAACACUUGAUAGGGCUAGAUUAAGAACCUAGAAAUCUGAAAUGUAUAAAGGUAAUCGUGGUGAAUCUGAAAUAACUGAUCUUACCUCUUUCCUCCUAUAUAUGAAGGCCCUGGAAUUGGCCUACAGGGCCCUGGUGGUUCUGAGACUUAUGCGUUGGGCUGUUAACCUCGAGGUCAGAGGUUCAAACCCACCAGUUGCUUGGGGGAGAAAAAUAAGGGAGUCUGUACCAUAAAGAAUUAAAGUUUUAGAAACUAUAGAUAGAUGAGUUUCUAUCAGUUGCAAAUGACAUGAUAGCAGUGGGUUUGUUUUGGUUUUAUUUGUUUGGGUUUAUUUGGGCUUUUUUUAAGUAACAAUUUUAGCUUCUAGUUAUUUUCCCCUUUGAGACUUUAUUUAAUAAUUAGCUUGGUUCUAGAACAGUUUUCAUAUGUUCAUACAUAUGUGAGGGAUGGGCUUCAAAAGUUCAAGUGCAUAUUUCCAGGACUUUUUGAAGCUUUCCAGAAAAUUACUCAACAGGAGUUCUAGAUUAGAUCACCAAAUUUGGAAUAGUUGAACAAUGACCGGAUAAGGGCUUCCUUCCCAAACACUAAUGUGUAGCCUGGGAUGGGUGAUCUGUUGUCACCCAAUGGUGGAUUGGUUCUUCAGUUAGAGGAAACAUAAUUAAUUUGAAUUUUAUAUUUAAUCCAUGUUGUAGAUAAUGAGAUAUUUCACUUUACUUUAAAAAAUUAGACCUAUGAAAGACAACUGUUUUUAUUUUUUCCUUCAAUUAUUGGCAACAUUUCCAACAAUGUUUUGUUGUUGUUGUUGUUGUUUUACAUGAACCUAGUGCAAAUACAGGAGACAUAAUAACUGAGGCAAAAGUGCAUGUCAUGUGCUUCCUUUCCCCUGUAAAAUACAUUAUUUAUUUCACAUAGAGUUGUCACACCAAAUACUGGGGAAAAGUAAAACCUAACCAGAUUUCUCCUUAAGAUUUAUGAAAGUGUAGAGUUUUCCCCCUCAUUUUCAAGUAACUGAAAUAAUUGCUACCUUAGAAAACUUGGCUAUUGUCAAUAAAGUAGUAAUGGUUGUGAAAUUAUUAAUUCUCUUCAGAUAUAUUAUUUCUUACGCGUCUUGGUAUUCUGGCAUAAUAAAACACAUCCAAAGUUA